UGUAAAAAAUGAUGAACAAAUUCGAUCAUAUCUGAAAUUGCUACAUAAGACGUACCUACACAAUCUCAUAAUCUCACUUGUAAACUUUUCACCCUUCGACAGAAACUUGAAGUUGUUAAUCACAUUAUAAACAUUCAAAGGGAUUUUUUCGAUGACUGAAGUUGCGAGUUUAAGUUCUCGGUUUAUGCUAAUAAAGAAAUAAUCUUGAAUAAUCAGGUAUUCGGUUACCGUCAAGGACAGAGAGGCUUCCUUGACAGCGAUGCGGCUGCAGGUGCUGCUCGUCGUCCUCUCUGUGACGCUGCGUUCUGGAGGUGGAGAGCGAGGCGGAAUGGCUGGAAGACGUCGCUCCAAGGAUGGCAGUCUACAAUUUCUGAGUGCUGAAACUCGGGGCCCGCAAAGCUCCAGUAACCGUCCUUUCGAGUCACAUGGUCCUAACGCUAACGGGGCAAUCGAAAAAAUACCGUCACCUCUCCCCUUCCCAACACGGCUGCCUAAAAACGGACACAACAUUGUUUUCCUCCCUGGUGGCAGUGCUACGGCACUCAAUAACGGCCGUGACCUCAUGACCGUACCUCGUGCACCUGGCGUGGGGAUCAACUUCGGUGCCGAGAAGAACGGCCAGGACGGAACCACAAACACGGUUCCUCGGACCACACCUAAACCACCGCCAGUUACAACUGCCCCGGCCCCCGUCACCGGUAAUGUGGAUUCCGGUGCUGGGGCAGGCGGGAGCGGCACGGUCUACCGCCGGCGAUCGUCCCCGGGUUGCACGCGCGGCUCCAAGGCGCUGCCCUGCGAAGUGGACGAUGAGUACACCGAUGAGAUCGCGGACCGCAUCAGCCACCUGCUCUACGCCUCCCGCAUGAACGCCAUCAUCGAUGACGCCACCUUCAGCCAGUUCCUGAACGACACUGCUGUGGUGGACGAUGGCAAGACGUUCGACCUUCCCACCACCAGAAGUGAGCUUAAUCUUUAA